CAACCCUAUAACACCACACUGCGCAUGCGCGUGUUUCUCGUGUCUUCGACCUCUACUACAAACCGACAGCAGAUACAGAAUCAGCACCAGCUCCUUUGGUUGACCUGUCCACUACGUCCCAUCGUGAUGUAUGCCUGUGCUAAGUUCGUCUCCACACCCUCUCUGGUCCGUGCUGGAUCUCGGGCACUGUACAGACCGCUCUCAGCAGCAGUAGUCUCGGAUGCCAGGAAAGCAGAGACUGCUUCCCUCCUGGCGCCACAGAGCUUUGUAGCCUCCCAGCAGCAGGUGGCGGUGCGGGCGUUCCAGACUAGUGCUGUGAGCCGUGACGUCGACACUGCUGCAAAGUUCAUUGGAGCUGGAGCCGCCACUGUGGGAGUGGCUGGAUCUGGAGCUGGAAUCGGAACAGUGUUCGGUAGCCUUAUUAUCGGAUAUGCAAGGAACCCCUCUCUGAAGCAGCAGCUCUUCUCUUACGCCAUCCUGGGCUUCGCUCUGUCUGAAGCUAUGGGUCUCUUCUGUCUGAUGGUUGCAUUCCUGAUUCUGUUUGCCAUGUAAACCAGGCGCUGUAAAGGGACACAUCAUAAAGUUAACAAGAUUUAGCAGUCUGAGAUGCCCUUGAAUGGUACGAUGAUGUCAGCUUAUCGUUCUGCCCAUUCUUGUUCACUGGUGCUUCUUCAAAGAUUGUAAACCCACUGAUGUAAGAAACUCUGGCAAACCCAAAUCAUCUUAUGACUGAAGGUUUUGCUGUUAUAUUGUACAUUUAAUCCACUGUUUUUGUUAAACAUAAAAACCAAUAACAGAAGUAAAAUGUUUAAUUCAUAA